AAUAAAUCAGUGUUGAAAAAUGUGGUCAUUCUUUUCGCGCGAUCCUACAAAAGAUUUUCCAUAUGAGAUCGGUGAAUCCGUAGAUGGACUUGACGAUAAGAGCAUUUGGAGUCUACAUAAAGCCAAAAAGAAAAUAGGAUCCACAAUAUCAGGAGGCGAUAUUGUGUCAGUCUUCAUUUAUCAAGUGAAAGAUGGUACAGAAUAUUAUUUAGAUAUUGCAAAAGCUGCAGUAAAAAGAUUGAAAACAUUGCGACAUCCAAGUAUACUUGCAUAUUUAGAUAGUUUAGAGACAGAAAAAACUAUAUAUUUAGCUACAGAAAGGAUAGAACCUCUUCAAAAAUGGUUAUCUAGAGAUAUUAAUAUUGGAGAAGAUAGUAAACAACGUGAAUUAUAUUUAUCAUGGGGUAUAUUUCAAAUUACGAGAGCAUUAAGUUUUUUAAACAAUGAUGGCAAUUUGCGACAUAAUAAUGUUAAUUUGUGGUCAGUUUUUGUCAAUGAAGAAAGUGGAGAAUGGAAACUUGGUAGUGUUGAGUAUAUGACUGGUAUUGAUGCACCUUAUACUUUUCUACCUAAAAUACUUCAAAUAUACCAGCCUCCUGAAGCAAAAGAGAACUCUAAACCAAUUACAAAAUGUUCAGUCGAUAUGUGGGGCUUAGGUUGUCUUAUUUGGGAAGCCUUCAAUGGCCCUCUAACUGUAUCAGGAAGUCUGAAUACUACAAACCAAAUUCCAGAACUUUUAUUACUGGUGUAUGAAGAAAUUAUAAACAGUAAGCCUAUUAAUCGACCAAAUCCAGCAGAUAUGAUUGUACGGUGUCGCAGUAAUAUUGGUUUUUUUAAAAAUGAUCUUAUCGACGCAUUACUUUUCCUUGAAGAAAUUCAAGUAAAGGAGAAAAAUGAGAAGGGUCGUUUCUUUUCACAACUUACAUCUCAGCUUCACAAUUUACCGGAGGGCGUAGGGCGUUACAAAAUAUUGCCUCAAUUAAUAGCUGCGUUUGAAUAUGGCGAAGCCGGAAGUGCAGUUCUCCCUCCACUUCUACAACUUGGACGUACACUUCCAGAUGUAGAAUAUCAGAAACGAGUUGUUCCUUGCGUCGUAAAGCUCUUUGCAUCAAACGAUAGAGCAACAAGACUAAGAUUGUUACAACAGUUUGAUCGAUUCAUUGAUCAUCUUCAACCUGUUACUGUUAAUGAAGCUAUAUUUCCACAGAUAGCUCGAGGAUUUCUUGAUUCAAACCCAGCAGUAAGAGAACAGACUAUAAAAUCAAUGGUUCACUUAGCACCAAAAUUAGAUUAUAAUAAUCUCAAUGUUGAAGUUUUAAGAUAUUUUGCAAAACUUCAUUCGUCAGAUGAACAAGGUGGAAUUCGUACUAAUACUACUGUAUGUUUAGGAAAAAUUGCACAGCAUUUACACCCUCAAAUAAGGCAAAAGAUACUAAUUGGUGCUUUUAUACGCGGAACACGUGAUCCUUUUCCACCAGCGCGAAGUGCCAGUGUCUUAGCACUUGCUGCUACGCAGCAAUAUUUUCUAUUGCAAGAAGUUGCCAAUCGAAUUUUACCCUCAUUGUGCCUAUUAACAACAGAUUCUGACAAAGGAGUGCGGGAUAAUACUUUUCGUACAAUACAAGGGUUCUUAUCAAAAUUGGAAAAAGUAUCAGAAGAUCCAGGACUUCGUGAAUCAAUGGAAGCAGAUGUUAAUACUGCCACUCCUAGUCUUAGCAAUGCAGCAGCAACUUGGGCAGGUUGGGCAGUCACUGCUGUUGCAGCAAAAUUUUAUCGUAGUCAAUCAGAUGCUCCAAAAUCCUCUACAUUACAGAACACGUCAAAAAUAUUUCUAAAUAAACCUGCCUCCUUAGAGCAUGCUAGUAGUUCCCAAAGCAGUACUAGUACGACGGCAACAACGAGUAGUGCUACCAGUAUGGCAUCUCUUGAUCAUGAUCAUGAACAUGAUACACAAAAUACAAUAAAUACGAAUUCGGAAUGUGAUUGGGAAUGCUGGGAUACUGGAGAUUGGGGUGAUAUGGAACAACAAGCGACGACUACUUUGUGUUCUACAAAUAUGCUAACGUCACACUCACCAAAAAGACAAAAUAUUCAUGAGCAUUGGACUAGUCUACAAGAGAAACCAGAAGAAGAAGCUGCAGAAGAUCAGGAUAAAAGUAAUUCAUCAGAAUCAAAAUGGGAAGAUGACGAGUUUCAACCCUUAGAAAAUUUUCAUUUAAAUGAAACAGGUAAUUUGGAAAAUAAGCUAGAAGAGGCACGAAAGAAAAGAGAAGAACGAAAACUAGCCAGACAAAAGCAAUUGAAAGCUAAAAGAGCAGCAAAAAUGUUAUGCAAUAACUCAACGAAAAAGCUGUAACUUUUACAUUAAAAUUCAUUAUAUUUUCUAAAAAUAAUUAAAAUUUUUAUU